AUGCUUCCAUUGCGUAUCAUUGUGUUCGCGCAAGUUGCUUCCCGAGCUAUGGCCUUUCUAAAAGGCUCAUGCCAGGAGAGUGAUCACAUCGACCAAUACCAUCACCGCACCAUCGCCGGCGUACAGGUCAUUGAUACUCCCCUCGUCCGUGCUGCUCAACAGCUGGCCUUAGAUCACAGUACCGAUUGGGCCUACAAGCACAUCAUGCGGUCUUGGCUGUUUGGUGCGCUUAUUAUUGACAAUAAUGCCACUCUACAUGAAUCCAUCGACCUUGAGGUCCACGCCAUUGCGGCACUGAUGCAUGACAUGGGCUGGGACCCAACGCCCAACUCGCCUUUCGUCAGUAGCGACAAGCGGUUUGAGGUGGAUGGCGCAAUGGCGGCACGAGAAUUUAUUCGCGGCAGCAAUGUCAGCGCUCGGUGGGACGAUCACCGUAUUCAGCUUGUCUGGGAUGCUAUUGCCCUCCACGCCACACCCAGCAUCCAUACCUAUAAAGAACUUGAAGUGGCCGUUACUGCAACUGGAAUAAAUGCCGACGGCGCCGGGCCAAGUUUUGGAAUAACCAAAGAUCAGUAUGACAGCGUCCUGAGGGAGUUUCCUGACUUCGACUUGGUAGACGGUGCCAACAAGACCAUGAUUUGGCUCUGCCAGACAAAACCUCGGACAACAAUUGAUACCUGGGUCCAGCCGUGGGGUGAAUACUUUGUGCCUAAUUACACUGCAAAAGGGUUUAGAGCUAUUGACCAAGUCCUAGGAGGCAAGGUUCCUGAUGCUUAA